AUGAGCUAAGCCAUUGGUAUAGAUCCACGCGAGUUCUUCAAAGCCCCCCCUUCCCUAUAUCUCUUCUUCUCCAUACCGCAGGCUUUGGAUCUGAAUCUAGGGUUUCAGCUCCAGUCCCGAUGGAUCGCUCCCGCAGGUUUCCUAGAUAUGGUCGUCUCUCUUCGAUUGCUCUGUUCCUCCUCAUCCUGCUCGCCUCUAAUUCGUCUCUAGCCUUGGCGCAGGAGUCGGAGACGGAUAAUGGCGAGAACGCAUCGGCCGUCUUGCCUAAAUCUUUGGAUCGGCGCACGAAAAUGUUGCUUCGCCCGUUCCGGAAAGAUGAAGAUGCGAGCUGGGAGGGCGUCGUUUCGUUGGACCAAACGGGGCUGGGCCUCUUUGAUGCCUUCUUCGCUAGCUUUUCCAUGAUCAUCGUCAGCGAGAUCGGAGAUGAGACCUUUAUAAUUGCUGCUCUUAUGGCGAUGCGCCAUCCGAAAUCAAUUGUCCUGUCCGGUGCACUCGCCGCCCUUUUUGUGAUGACGGUACUGUCAACUGGACUUGGUAGGAUCGUGCCCAAUUUGAUAUCGCGGAAGCACACCAACAGUGCAGCUACAGUGCUGUAUGCAUUCUUUGGGCUGCGAUUACUAUACAUCGCCUGGAGAUCAGAUUCAAAGACAUCACAGAAGAAGGAAAUGGAAGAAGUAGAAGAAAAGCUUGAGUCAGGGCAAGGGAAGUCAACGUUGCGCCGCUUCUUUUCAAGAUUUUGUACGCCAAUAUUCUUGGAGUCAUUUAUUUUGACAUUUUUGGCUGAAUGGGGGGAUCGCAGCCAGAUAGCAACUAUUGCGCUGGCAACUCACAAGAACGCAAUUGGAGUUGCCGUAGGCGCAACUUUGGGUCACACUAUAUGUACAACAUUAGCAGUGGUGGGAGGGAGCAUGCUGGCAUCCAAAAUAUCACAAAAGACAGUUGCUACCAUUGGCGGCCUUCUGUUUCUGGGGUUUUCCUUAUCAUCAUACUUUUACCCUCCAUUGUGAUACAAAAUGUGCUGAUAAUUUUUAUGAUAGGCAUUUGUUACAAACCAACCCGGAUAUAUGUUUUGCUAUUUUCCUUUUCUCCUCUGUAUCACAGAUAAAAUUGAUUUACAUGUCUCAAGUUUUGAAUCUGUAAAGAGGGCAGUAGUCAAAGUCUUGUGUUCUCA